UGUUCCCUUUACUCCACAGCGCCAUGGCCUCCUCUGCCUCCUCCGCCACCACCGCCCUCCUCCGCUACGCCCCGUCCGCCUCCAGCGGCGGAGUCGUCGGACCUUGGGCGGCCCAGGUCCGGCGCUCUCUGCUUGUGGCUACUCUUCGCGCGGCGGCGGUAGCGAAUGGGUCGCCCGCGGUGAAGAAGAGGAACAAAAAGGGGGCUGGAGGAGGGGGGCUCGUGAUCCGGGAGGCCGAGGAGUACCUCACCACCGACGUGCAGUACCAGGGAAAGAGCGCAUCACGUCGUAUCCUUGCUCGAGGCAACUUCCACAAGGCUCAGUGCAUUGGCUAUGCGCGGGAGGGAGACAGCUCUAGUCCAGCAGCCCGCACGUGCGACAGCUGGUUGUGCAAAAUGGGGAAUCCUGUUCGGCAGUCGGAUCAUACUUGUGCUAUCUCGGCCUGCAUCAUGUGUAUAGAAGCGCUACACCGAAUAGCUUAUGAGAAGGUCAAUGGCCUGGGAUCCUUUGGCUUGAAGGUCAAGGCCGGCGCAGAAGAGGAACUCAAACCCAUGUUCAAGACCAUCGGGGCAUACGUGGAAGAAGUUCUCGAGGCGAUCUGCUUGAACAGGGGGCUCCCGACCGACGACAACAACGUACGUCUAACGUUCAAAGGGUACGACGCUCGGUACUGCACGGUGAGCGCCGAAGAUGCGGCAGUGCUGAUCACUGAAGGUCCUGUUGUGGGAGGAAUGUCCUAUGCCGAUAAAGAGACAUACAGCAAAUUCUGUGAUGAUGACAACACGUACCAAGGGCCCAAGGAGGAUGAGAAAGUCACCCCCCACGCGGUCGUCUGUGUUGGUUACAAAUUCGACAGCAAAGGGCUCCAUAUUAAAAUUUUGGAUAAUCACACAGCAAAGGGCCCUGUCAGAUGGGUCCAUUACAACGCCUUCCAUUUGUUCACCGUCAUCACAGUAGAUGCUAUCGACCCUACAGGUGUGCUCCACACUCUGUAAGAUGUUCUGGAAGAUAUAUGUUUUGAUUGAGGGGUAGUGUGUAGUGUUAGUGAAACAAUAUCGAUCAUGCAUACACGCGGUACAUGUAGUUUCAAGGAUCAGUUUUAAUACUCAA